GCCGUGUGUGUCGUGUGUCACCUGUCCCGCGAGCACCGCGCCCACACUGUGCUGCCCGCCGAGGAGGCGGCCCACGCCGCGGAGGAGGUGCCCCAGGAGCACUUGAGCUCCCUGAGGAAAGGGCGUGAAGAGGCCAAGGCCGAGCGGGAGCGGCAGAGUGAGGAGCUGCUGAAGCAGACGGAGGUGGAGCGGCAGAAGAUCGUGGCUGAGUGCAAGGAGCUGCGGGCUUUCCUGGAGGAGAAGGAGCAGCUCCUGCUCUCCCGGCUGGAAGAGCUGGAGAGGGACAUUGGGCGGCGGAGGGACGAGAGCGUGGCCCGACUGGCUGAGGACAUUGCCCAGCUGGACAAGCUCCUGGCAGAGCAGGGCGGGGACAGUGGGACAGGGAACACACCUGGCGAGGGUGUCGUCCCAGCUGGCAGCAGCCUGGAAAGCUGGAUGUUCCUCAAGCCCGAGCCUGGCUUUUCCGAGCUGGAGAAGAAGCUGAAGAGCUUUUCCCAGAAGAGUGCGGUGCUCAAGGAAGUGCUGCUGGAAUUCAAGGAAAACCUGCGCUUUGAGCUGGAGAAUGACACAGGCGAGCUCUCCCUGGAUCCCGACACAGCCAACCCCUACCUGGUGCUGUCAGAGGACAAGCGGAGCGUGCGGCUCCGUGGGGCCCCUCAGGAGCUGCCGGCUCAUCCCAAACGCUUCGACUACGCCUUCUGCGUCCUGGCCUCCGAGGGCUUCUCUGCUGGCCGCCACUACUGGGAAGUGGAGGUGGGAGACGGGGAGAGCUGGGUGCUGGGUGCUGCCCGCGAGUCCGUGCGCCGCAAGGAGAAGGUCGACUUCGCCCCCGAGGAGGGGAUUUGGGCGGUGGGGCUCAACUGGAAGGGCAAAAAUUGGGAUCAGUACCAGGCGUUCACCUCUCCUGAGACACCGCUGUCCCUUUGUGAGCGGCCACGCAAGAUCGGGGUGUACCUGGACUAUGAGGGCGGGUGGGUGGCAUUUUACAACGCUGACAACAUGGCUCCCAUCUUCACCUUCACCGCCGCCUUCUCCGAGAGGAUCUUCCCGUUUUUCUGGCUCUUCUAUGUGGGCUCCUCGCUGUCCCUCUGCAACUGAGCCCACCCUGCUCACUGGUGUCCCUUGUCCCCUGCCAUCCUUAGGUUUUCCUUUGCUUCCAAGCAAAACGCCCCAAAUCCUGCCCUUGGCCAUUCAGGGGGGAUUUUUUUCCUGUUGAAGUUCAAAGUUUGGAGUGUUUUUACCCUCAAAAUCUUCCUCAAGGGCGUUGUUUGGUGAGGGGGGCUACUUGGCCACCCCCUCCUUGUUGCUGGUUAAACACCCCUGUAGUUCAUUUUCUAUUUUUCUUUGGAGCUGGAGCCCCAUGGAGCAGGGAGAGGCUGAUCCCAUCCUACUUCGAAUAGUAGCCAAAGCUUUGUGUCCCACCUCCCCCCUAAAAUGCUGUGUGGAGAGGAGGGGUGUCGUUCCCCCCCCCCCGCCAAUUUGGACACCAUUGGUUUCCAAGUCAUCCCAUCCCAUCUCCUUCCCUCCCCCCUGGGGAAAGGGCAGAGCCUGUCCUACUGUCACUGAGUGACCCCACCUAUAUUCCCUAUUGCCCCCCAUUUCGCUCUCCUCGUACCCCCAUCACCUCCAAUUUCCCUCCUAGCCCCCCAUCCCCCAUUGCCUCCCCGUCAACUCCACAUGUCCCUCUUUGCCUCCUCAUCUCCCCCACUUCCCCCUGCAUUUUGUUCCCCUAAAUUCUGAGCCCCUGGAGCCCUGGGAUCCCAGCAAGGGGAUGUGGAUAUUUGGGAUCACCCCAAACUCG